GGAGGGGGGCGGCGGCUCUGGGCCGCCCGCUCGCGUUUCUCUGGCCGGGAGCGAAGCGGUUGCGUUCAAGCUUCUGGCUGCGUCAGUGCGCUGGGAAAGUUUCCUCCGCUUGCCGAGAACUGGGGCCCUUUUCGAGGAGCUGAGCGGCACGAGUGCCCAAACACGCAUCUUGCUCUUUGCGUAAUUAGGAGAUGGGCCCGUUAAAAUCACAGGUGCCAAAGCACCCGGAGCGAUCGUGCUGUACAGGCGGCUGACCUGUGAUGUCUGCGCAACAUUAAAACUAAUUAGACCGCGUGUAUGAAUGGCCUGUGUAAGCGCUGGGCUCUUAAAACUUCAUUAUUGCCCUGACUGCUUCUUGUGGAUAAAUUCAGUAUAAGUUUUCAGUAUAAUUAAAAUUUAAGGUUCUUCCUGUGGCUACUAAAACUAAUUAUUUGUUUUUUUGACAGGUGCUUUAGCACAGUACGUUAACUGUUUAGAGUUGGUAAACAAGAGACUGCCUUGUGGCCUUGCUCAAAUUGGAGUAUGUUUUCACUCUAUUCCAGAAAGUGAGCAAUACAAUGAAAACCUCAGCAGGCGAAAGGACCACGUCUUCCCUUGUAUGGUUUAGCUCUGCCAGAACUGCCGGACAAUGGCUUGAUUACUGGUUACGUCAGAGACUCCAAUGGUGGAGAAAGUUUGCAAUAGGCCCGUCUAACUUCAGCAGCAGUGACUUUCAGGAUGAAGAAGGAAGAAGAGGAUUUAACUUAUACUAUGGCUUUCCUUGGGGGAAGGAAGCAAUAGAAACAUUGACAAAUCUCGGCGAUACUGAGCUGUUACAAAUGUAUCCAGGGAAUAAAUCAAAAUUACUUGGCCGAGACGGAAGGAAGAAUGUUAUUCCUCAUGUUUUGUCUGUGAGUGGAAACCUGGACCGAGGAGCAUUAGCGUAUCUCUUUGAUUCUCUACAGCUAGUUGAGAAUCCAUUAAUGAAAAAGAAAAAUUCACAGAGGAAGGUACUUAAGCUUCACCCUUGUUUAGCACCUAUUAAAGUGGCCUUGGAUGUAGGAAAAGGUCCAACCACAGAGCUGAGACAGGUUUGUCAAGGAUUAUUCAAUGAACUAUCGGAAAACAGAAUUUCUGUAUGGCCAGGAUAUCUUGAAACCAUGCAGAUAUCUCUGGAACAGCUUUAUACAAAGUAUGAUGAGAUGAGCGUUCUCUUCACUGUCUUGAUAACUGAUGCCACUCUGGAGAACGGAGUGGUCCAGCUGAGAAGCAGAGACACCACCAUGAAGGAAAUGAUGCACAUUUCUAGGCUGAAGGACUUUUUAACUAAGUAUGUAGCAUCAGCGAAAAACAUAUAAACUUAAUUUAGUCAAAUAAAAGGAAUUUCUUAAAUC